UAGAGCAUGCCACUGACCAUGAGUUUGUCUCUUUCACUUUAGGUACUUUGCAUGUUGGCCACCUAAAUUUUGGACAUGAGCACACAGUAUAGCAUCCUAUUCAAGCAAGAGCAAGCCCAUGAAGAUGCCAUAUGGUCAGUAGGCUGGGGCAAAAACUUGAAUGGUGGCUCUGAGGUUGUAAUCAGUGGUUCUUUGGAUGAUCUGGUGAAAGUCUGGAAAUGGACUGAUGAAAAUCUAGAGCUACAGUACUCACUGGAAGGACACCAGCUGGGAGUCGUAUCUGUGGAUGUUAGUCCCUCUGGAAAUAUUCUGGCUUCCAGCUCUCUGGAUGCUCACAUCCGCCUCUGGGAUCUUGAUAGCGGCAAGCAGAUUCGCUCAAUUGAUGCUGGUCCAGUGGACGCAUGGUCUGUAGCUUUUUCACCUGACUCACAGCACUUGGCUACUGGAAGCCAUGUGGGAAAAGUAAACAUUUUUGGCGUGGAGACAGGAAAGAAGGAAUUUUCUCUGGAUACCAGAGGCAAAUUUAUUCUCAGCAUUGCUUACAGUCCAGAUGGCAAAUAUUUGGCAAGUGGUGCAAUUGACGGCAUUAUCAAUAUCUUUGACGUUGCAACCGGGAAACUCCUCCACACGUUGGAAGGACAUGCAAUGCCUAUUAGGUCGCUUACCUUCUCCCCUGACUCCCAACUUUUAGUCACUGCCUCUGAUGAUGGAUAUAUCAAGAUCUAUGAUGUACAACAUGCAAGCUUGGCUGCCACUCUUAGCGGACAUGGCUCCUGGGUUCUGAGUGUUGCUUUUUCCCCUGAUAAUGCACAUUUUGUUUCCAGUUCAUCUGACAAAAGUGUAAAAGUUUGGGAUGUAGCCACCAGAACUUGUGUUCACACGUUUUUGGACCAUCAAGACCAGGUUUGGGGUGUACAGUACAACAAAAAUGGAUCUAAAAUUGUGUCUGUCGGAGAUGAUCAGGAAAUCCAUAUUUAUGACUGUCCCAUCUAAUUUUCAUUACAAUGCGGAAGAAGAUGCAGAUUGAAACACUGGAAUGUGCAUACUUGUCUGUACAGACCAUAAUACAAUAUGGCACAUUUGUGGGACUUACUCUACGUUGGUGCGUUUUUAUAUCAAGAAUCUCUAGAUGAUGCACUCCUGGUUCCAAUAAUGGUUGCCUGAAAUGCUGGACUUGUGCAUUCCUCCCCCAUUUAAAUGUACAUUUCAUCUAUUAAUAUUGCCACAAACGUUCCUACAAUUGAUUUUGUACUUGCUUUCUUUUCCCCUUAAAGAAAUAUUAAAUAUUUUAGUUUUCUCA